AUGCACAACCUCUCUGCUCAGCCCUGGCAGGCGAAGAUGGCCAACCUGACCUACGACAACUUCACCCUGGGCAACCGUUCCGAGGUGGCCAUCCAGCCUCCCACCAACUACAAGACGGUGGAGAUGGUUUUCAUCGCCACGGUCACCGGCUCGCUCAGCCUCGUCACUGUGGUGGGGAACAUCCUGGUGAUGCUGUCCAUCAAGGUCAACCGCCAGCUCCAGACUGUCAACAACUACUUCCUCUUCAGCCUGGCCUGUGCGGACCUCAUCAUCGGGGUCUUCUCCAUGAACCUCUACACAGUCUACAUCAUCAAAGGCUACUGGCCGCUGGGGGCCGUGGUGUGCGACCUGUGGCUGGCCCUGGACUACGUGGUGAGCAAUGCCUCUGUCAUGAACUUGCUCAUCAUCAGCUUUGACCGGUACUUCUGUGUCACCAAGCCCCUGACGUACCCAGCCAGGAGGACCACCAAGAUGGCAGGGCUAAUGAUCGCAGCGGCGUGGAUAUUGUCCUUCAUUCUCUGGGCCCCUGCCAUCUUGUUCUGGCAGUUCAUUGUGGGCAAGAGGACGGUCCCUGAGAGGGAAUGCUACAUCCAGUUCCUCUCCAACCCAGCGGUGACCUUUGGCACGGCCAUCGCUGCUUUCUACCUGCCCGUGGUCAUCAUGACGGUGCUGUACAUCCACAUCUCCCUGGCGAGCAGGAGCAGGGUGAGGAGGCACAAGCCUGAAAGCAGGAAAGAGAGGAAAGGCAAGUCCCUCAGCUUCUUCAAGGGCCCCCUGAUCAAACAGAACAACAAUAAUUCCCCCAAGAGGCCUGUGGAGGUGAAGGAGGAGGUGAGGAAUGGGAAAGUGGACGACCAGCCCUCAGCACAGACAGAGGCCACUGGCCAUCAGGAGGAGAAGGAGACCUCCAACGAGUCCAGCACUGUCAGCAUGACCCAGACCACAAAAGACAAGCCCACAGCAGAAAUCUUGCCAGCGGGGCAAGGACAGAGCCCAUCCCACCCCCGGGUGAACCCAUCUUCCAAGUGGUCCAAGAUUAAGAUUGUCACCAAGCAGACUGGGACCGAAUGCGUCACCGCCAUCGAGAUCGUCCCAGCUAAGGCAGGAGCCUCUGACCACAACUCCCUGGCCAACAGCCGCCCGGCCAACGUCGCUAGGAAGUUUGCCAGCAUUGCCAGGAGCCAAGUACGGAAGAAGCGCCAGAUGGCAGCCCGGGAGAAGAAAGUCACCCGCACCAUAUUUGCUAUCCUGCUAGCCUUCAUACUCACGUGGACUCCAUACAAUGUGAUGGUCCUCAUUAACACCUUCUGUGAGACCUGCGUGCCCGAAACAGUGUGGUCCAUCGGCUACUGGCUCUGCUACGUCAACAGCACCAUCAACCCAGCCUGCUACGCCCUCUGCAAUGCGACUUUCAAGAAAACCUUCAAGCACCUUCUUAUGUGCCAGUACAGGAACAUUGGCACAGCCAGAUAA